CUUGCGUAUUUAAUUAUGGGAUAUUAUGAAUAGAAAUUGUAUAUUUAAAGGCCCAUUUUUGGCCCUAAAUGUAAUUGAUGACUCAACUCAACCAACAACAAGAAGAAGAAGACUCUCUCUGCUUUCGACCAAAACCUUCUCCUCUCCUCUGGGAGAUCUCCAUCUUCUUCGCUUCUUCGCUUCCCCGCCUGAAACAAUUACUCGAUCUCGCCGGCGGAACAAGCUCUCCGUUUCUCUUUCCGGCAGAUCGAUUCUUCCAAUUCCUUAUUCCUUUCUAGGUCUUCCUUAAGAAACCCUUACUUUCUUCAAAAUCUGCAUUUAUGGCGAUUAGGGUUACCUUCACCUACUCCAGCUAUGUUGCUAGGAGCAUUGCUUCAUCCGCCGGGACUCGUGUCGGUACCGGCGACGUUAGAUCAUGCUUCGAAACAUGGGUUCGUCCCAGGUUCUGCGGCCACAAUCAGAUACCAGAUAUUGUUGAUAAAUCUCCCGGAUCCAACACAUGGGGUCCAAGCUCAGGCCCUCGUGCUCGACCAGCUUCAUCAAUGUAUAGCACCAUUGCGAGGGAAAUCCUCGAAGAAGGCUGCAAGAGUCCACUUGUCUUGGGUAUGAUCUCUCUCAUGAAUUUGACUGGAGCUCCACAGUUUUCGGGUAUGACCGGUCUCGGGAUCUCUCCCUUUAAGACUUCUUCUGUCAUCCCGUUCCUUAGGGGUUCCAAGUGGAUGCCUUGUAGUAUUCCGGCGACGUUAUCAACGGAUAUUGCUGAGGUUGAUAGAGGAGGAAAGGUCUGUGAUCCUAAAGUGAAGUUGGAGUUGAGUGAUAAAGUCUCGAAUGGUGGAAACGGAUGGGUUAAUAAGCUGUUGAAUAUCUGCUCGGAGGAUGCUAAGGCUGCUUUCACGGCGGUUACUGUUUCUCUCCUUUUCCGAUCGGCUUUGGCCGAGCCAAAGUCUAUACCUUCAACAUCUAUGCUUCCUACUCUCGAUGUGGGUGAUCGUGUUAUAGCCGAGAAGGUCUCAUACUUUUUCAGGAAGCCAGAGGUUUCAGACAUAGUUAUCUUCAAGGCUCCUCCUAUUUUGGUGGAACAUGGUUACAGUUGUGCUGAUGUUUUCAUAAAAAGGAUAGUUGCUAGCGAAGGUGACUGGGUUGAAGUUUGUGAUGGAAAGCUCUUAGUAAAUGACACUGUUCAAGCAGAGGAUUUUGUCUUAGAGCCAAUUGACUAUGAAAUGGAACCAAUGUUUGUCCCUGAAGGUUAUGUCUUCGUCCUAGGAGACAACCGCAACAAAAGCUUUGAUUCUCAUAACUGGGGUCCACUUCCAAUAAAGAACAUCAUAGGGAGAUCUGUGUUUCGCUAUUGGCCACCAAGCAAAGUGUCAGACAUAAUACACCAUGAACAAGUUAGCCAAAAGAGAGCUGUUGAUGUAUCUUGACCAACGCAGAUGGUAUCUUAGGAUUAAGCAGAAAAUUUGAUUAGAUGAGCUGUGCCAUGCCAACCAUUUUGGCGCUGAAGGCAACAGAGCAAUUCUUUCUUCCUGUCUAGGCUUGAUGGCGGACAUGGAAUGCACUGGGAAAUCCAUAUAAAAAGAACAAGAAAAUUGAUAUUUUUGCUUUGAUUUUUUUUGAUGUGUUGAAACCUAAAUGCAUCCAGUGUAAUUGGCAGUAGCUGUCAAACAUAAAAGGGUAAACUUUCUUUUUUGAGUAUUUAAUGUGAAGAAUCCUGUAAACGUUCUGUUCUCAAGCUCUUGAACAUAAUUGGUUCUGUGGAAUUUGCAGG